CAUGUCUGUCUCGCCUCCCAUCCGCCGUUUCUCGUCGACGAGUUCUAGCAGCCGCGAAGACCUCAUAUAUCAAUAUGAAGCGGAGGAGGAGCGCAUCAUCAACGUUCUCUCUAGGAAACUGGAGCAGCUGCGUGAAGAGAAAAUCGAGCUGGAGAAUGUCCUUGAGCAAGAGUCCGAAUCUCAUGUGAAUAAGCUUUCGAGGGAAAUCUCAGCACUUCGCCUUGCCCAGCAGCAGCAACAACAGCAACAGCAACAGCACGCAGGACCCUCACAUACCAACGGCAACGCAUCCCCAUAUGACUCAAGGUCCACCGGGCUACAACUUGGAUACUUGCUGAAUGGGAGUGGACCAGCGCCGGCUUCCGAUACCAUCCUCGAUGCACUCAGGCGAGAGAAUGAGGCGCUAAGGAAUCGCUUGGUCGAGACGGAGCAGGAUUUUGUCAGGAUCUCCCGGCUAAACGAGGUGUACAGGGAGGAGCUCAUUCAACAUCGGCGGCGACUUGGGCUUCCGGUGGAUAACCUCAUCGGGCUGCACCAGUCGGAUCCAUACUCCCAGCCUACCCACCGGCGGUCACAUUCCUCUACCUCUGGGUCGCCAUCCAGCUCAAUCCAUAUUCCGUCUGCUCCCUCCAAUCGACAGGCCUCAGCGGUUCCAAUACCCCGGCCGUCGUCCCAAAUCCGGCGCCCUUCAAAUAUAAUCUCCUCAGAGUCCACCACACCCCUUUCGCAUUCGCCGUCGUCGACAAGCACGUCCCCCUUUCCUUUCUCACCCGCCAGCAACUCCCCCUUCCCAGCGAGCUAUGCUAGCGCCGCAACCAACAUGACAACCCCUCCGUCCGCUGCAGUGAGCCCGCCCGCGUUCACGAUCGGUGCCCCGCGCACACUGUCAUAUCCCCUCGUCCCGCCCCCCUCACUCUCCUCCUCCUUCGGCUCCCCCGCUACAUCACUACACCAGGCAAUCGCCAUCCCGCGGGACCACGACGGCACCCCCUCCCCGGUCGAAUCAUUGAACAGCCGCCGGAGCUCGUUCCACAGGCGCGGGAGCUUCGAGCGGCGCGUCGUCGAGAACGGGAGCCUGCGCGGCAGGAAUGGGAGCCAGACACAUAGCCGCCGGGCGAGCGUCGAGCGCGGGGCUCGGAUUGCGGAGACGGGCGUGCUGGUCCCGCGCCCCCGUUCAGGAAGCAUUAGCCUCCCAGAAGCAGUUGAGGAUGACGAUCCGCCCCCCGCAGUCGACGCUUUCGACAGGCCGGACGAAGAUCGAGAGAAAAGCACGCCCCAGCCGCCGUCAUAGUCGCCAUGCGACCCUGCCUAGCUAUGCCGCCCCUGCGAGGCGGACAGGACCCGAAUGGUCGCCAGAUGUCGUUGUACGAUAACGGCGUGAUGAGACGCUGUGUCCGGACUUGUGUACGAUAUCAGCUAGCGUACAAGCUGCCGCCGUUUUAUCCGUCGUAAUGUCUUCGUUCUUGACCGUGUAUAUGCAAUUGAUCGUUCCUCAGCGCGACAGUCACACAGCCGUUUUGACUUGACGGAGACACGAGGCUAUUCGCCGCCGUCGACAGCAGUUG